AUGGCUACAACAGGUCAACUAGGAGCUCUCAUUGCCGUUGGGUCAACAUCCUUCGUAGAGAAACUGCCGAGCGGCAAUAUCAUCAAGAGACCAUGGCCCACUCAGGAUUGCAUCCACGAGCGUCGGCGCGAACUUGCUAUCGAGUCGCGGAUCUACGACCUGUUGGGGCCGCAUGCAUGCCUGGUCAACAAGAUCUCCUGGGACCCCAAGGAAUACGUCCUGGAGCUCGAGUUCAUGCCAAACGGAACCGUUCGGGACUACAUCAGGGCUGACGGAGGAAUUCCACUCGACCAGCGACUGAAAUGGAUAGAACAAGCAGCCGAGGGCGUCCACCUGCUACAUGCCUCAGACAUUGUCCACUGCGACAUUGGGCCGCGGAACUUCUUGCUAGAUGCAGACCUCAAUCUUAAGAUCUGCGACUUUAGCGGUUCCUCAAUCGGGGGGUCGAGCACUCAAGUCCUUGCUGGAGCGAGAUAUACAUCUCCAGCCCACGACUGCGAAUAUCCGGUGCCAGAAAGUGACAUAUUCGCCCUUGGCUCGACGAUUUAUUUCAUCAUGACCGGGGGCUCCCCUUUUGGGGACAUGGCCAGUCUGGAGGUUACCGACCGGUUUCAAGCCCUCGACUUCCCAAGUCUUGAGGGCAUCUUGUGUGGGGAUAUCAUCCACCGUUGCUGGCAUGGCCAGAUUGAGUCUGCAGCCAAGGUGGCCCGCUUAAUCAGGGAACUUGCCUGUGAGUAUUGA